CUGGUUUUCCUCGUCCUGAUCCUUAUAGACGUACUUAAACAACUUCUACGUUAAGCAAAACACUUAUACACGGAAUACACAGAAUCUUGCAAAGUUAUCUUAUACAUUUACAUGUAUAGAAAAUUAUUAAUUGUUACUGCAACACACACAGUGAGCGUUCAUUUACUUUCGCCAGGUUUACCGAGUUGAUGAAAUACAAAUCUGUAGCAUUGGUGCAUGGCGGUUCACACCAAGUCAUACCAAGCUGGCGAUGUGGUUUUCCGUAGCGAGCCAUGGGUGUAUUGUAUUUUAGCUUCGAAGAGCCAUUUCCAUUGUUAUCACUGCUUCUCCCCAGGGGCCCUCCACAAACCAGCGGACAUAAUCCUGAAAAAAUGUUCAGGAUGUUAUUUCGCUCAUUACUGUUCCAUCAAAUGCCAGCAUCUCUUAAGUACUCGUAUGCAGAAAACGGAUUGGACCAAACGACACCGACCAGAGUGCAAAAUGCUAUAUCAGGUUGGUUUGGACGCGGAUUCUGAAGUUGCUCAACAUUUGGAUCGAUUGUUAAUUCUUGCAAAAAUUCUCCCCAAGCUCCAGCGCGGUGAAGUCGAACAGAAGCUGCCUGAAGAAUGUACUCCGUCCAGCACUCGCUCGUUUUAUGACCUAAUGUCGCAUGAACAGAAUUAUUUGAAGCAAAGACCAGAUCUCCGGGAAGCAUACCGUAUUUUAAAGCCCUAUCUGAACUUAAUUAACCCUGAUUCAAAUCAACUAUGCGGCGAUUACAUUUCAUUUAUCAGUAUUUUGGGAAGAUUCAACAUCAAUAGCUUUUUUAUCUACACUUUGCAAAGUGGAGUAGUUGCUGCAACGGGACGUGGAUUAUACUUGGGGCCAUCCGUGCUGGACCAUUCCUGCAUUCCCAACGCAAUGCAAACUGAAAUCGGCAUCCAGCUAGUUAUCAAAGCUGUUACGGAUAUUGACUGCUUUGAAAACGUUCGAAUUGCCUACACUUCUCCUUUCGAAAUUCCCGAAAACCGGACGGCGUAUUUGGAAAAACACUAUUUCUUUAUUUGCGCUUGUGCGGCUUGUGUGAAUGAUAACGAGCUGGCAAAAAGAGAUUCGGUAGCGUGCAGUGGUUCACCGGAGUGUUCGCAAGUAAUUCCAGGAGACCUAAACUUAACAUCCUUUCGGUGUCCUAAUUGUGGUGUAGAUAAUGUACAACAACUAACAAAGGCCGCUGGAAUUGUCCUGGACUUGAAAAAAUGCAUUAAAGACUGCGAAAACAACUGCAACACAGCACAACGGUUAAGCCGGUGCCGCAAACUAGAAGAGCAAGUCCAUGUUGCUCAAGAUGUCCUCCACAACACCAAUUUUACAUUGGGAGUGGCAUGUAAAGUCCUUUCCGAAAUGCUGCAAUCGAUAGGCGCUCCGACUGAUGUGUGUAUACCGUACCUUCUGAAAUGUUUGCCAUCAAGAAGGCUGUAUGCAAAGGAUUAUUCGUUGUCAAAGUACGUUGCCAUAUUUGAGUGGAUGCUCCGCCGCAAUUCAUUACACGAGGCCAAGGCUUUUGCUGAAGAUAUUGAACGGGAGCUGCGGACUAUUCCGGGAAAAGAAUCUCCUGUUUAUUACUUCUGGCAGUCUCAUACAUCUACCAUUAACAAUUAUUAAUUAUGAAUUUAGUGAGAUAACUAAGUUUUACGUCAAGAGUGCGCGUAGGGAUGAAUUCGGUAAGCAAUUAACAGGAACGUAUUAAAGAAAAUUUACUGACUAAGCGUGCUCAUUUUAUAUCGUGUGUUAUGCUGAAUGGUCAGUUUAAGAUGGACAGGAAUAUGUUGCUUCAACUACCGUAUCUGAAAGGGAACCAUUUCUUGUCUUACGGUUGAAAGUUGUUGUUAUGAGAAGUAA